AUGAAAGUCAUUCCGAAUAUUUUCCAACUGCCGAAUGAAAUUCUCUCAGAAACUCUGAGCACCACUACCACCACCACCACCACUACUUCUGAAUCAUCCUCCUCAACAACCCAUAAAACUCCUCAAGCUCUCUCUCUGAUUGGUCAUUCCCGAUCAGCAGAAGCCACCUAUUUCCAAAUUCCUCAACUCCAAACCAACAUUGAUAUGGGUUUCAUUGAUAAAAAGUACAUGAGUCAACAUCCGAAUACGUUUCUCAUUACGCACACUCAUGCCGAUCAUUCGUAUUAUCUCAGUGCAUGUCAACCUGCAUUCAUUAAUCGAAAAGAUCCCAAUCGUGUAUUCGUUCCAAAUGAAAAUGUCAAAUUUAUUGAAAAUUUUCUUCACGCCUGUCAAGAAUUAAAUGCUGGAAAAGAAUUACCUAAAGAGAGCGUUCAGGAACGAAAACCAAUUCAAAUUAUUGGAGUUUCUCCUGGAGAUACCAUUGAAAAGAUUGGAGGAAAGGAUAAUUUUGUGGCUCGUGUCAUUAAAUGUGACCAUUCAGUUCCAUGUAAUGGUUAUGAAAUUUAUGAAAAAAAAAAGAAAUUGAAAAAGGAAUUUUCACAUUUGAAAGGACCUGAAAUUGGAAAAUUGAGAAAAGAAAGAGGUGAAGAUGCAGUUUGUGAUACAAUUUUUGAACCUCGUAUUGCUAUUAUGGGAGAUACGACCUAUCGAGUAUUUGAAAAUAAUCCUGAAUUAUUGGAAUUUCCUGUCAUUGUUGUGGAAUGUACGUUUUUGGAAGAAGGACAGGAAGAACAAGCAUUGGGUGCUUUUCAUAUGCAUUGGAAUCAUUUGAAACCUAUUGUGGAAUCCAAUUCGAAUAUUCAUUUUAUUUUAACUCAUUUUAGUUUGAGAUAUACAGAUGAAUUUAUUUUGGAUUUCUUUUCGAAACAAAAUGUCAAGAAUGUGACACCACUCGUAGAUGACAAGUUUUAA